CAUUACUUUUAGUGUUCAGGAAUAAUUCUCCAGGCUUCUUGAAGGGGAUUCAAAGCUCUUCUGUGGAUGUUCUUUGCCUUUAGCUUUGUCCUCUGUCAAGAUGAUCCCACAGUGCUUCAGGAAUAUUAAGGGCCAGGCUCUGUACAUAUAUUUCAACCAAAAGUUUAACAUUUGGAUUCAUUGCUUCAUCGCACCAGUUUGCAUCACCCAGCAAUCAACAACUGCUAAAGAGUUACAAAACUAAACCAGAAGUUGAACCCGAGGGAGAGCAGCAUCUGGCACUGUCCCAUGUCUGCUGGUAAGACAGAGAUGUUGCAUUUCACUGGCCAAUGGUGAGGAGAGAGGGGCUGGAUUGGUGUGCAGUCCCGAUGCCCCUUCUUUUAAAAACGGCUGAGCUCCUGUCUCCAGCUCAGCAACUCAACUCACACGAAGGAGCAGAGGCAAGAGUCUGCCCAAACAGCAGCCUCAGUCACACCUGAGGACCUGAAGUAGCUACGCUCAGCUGAGAGCUGAAUUAGUUCGUAUCGAUGCUGUAGAGAAUCGUCUCUAACAGAAGACGCCAGCACAAUGUUGGGAUUAAAUAAAGUGGCGCUGCUGCUGUCUUUCCUGGCCUCGGUGGCUCUGAGCCAAGGAUCUGUGAGAAGUGAGAGUCAUUCAGACAAGAGACGGAGAGUGGCCUUCAACAUGCACGCUGACUCACAGACAACAGGCGUGACUGAAUGGACAUCUUGGUUCAACAUUGACCAUCCUGGGGGAAAUGGAGACUAUGAGCGCCUGGAGGCAAUUCGUUUCUAUUACAGAGAGAGAGUUUGUGCACGGCCUACAGCUAUGGAGGCUCGUACUACAGACUGGGUGGCAGCGGCAGAAACUGGGGAAGUGGUUCAUUCAAGUCUGGAGAAGGGAUUCUGGUGCAUCAACAAGGAACAGCCACAUGGUCGCGUUUGUUCUAACUACCAUGUUCGCUUCCAGUGCCCCCCAGUGCAGAGCUAUUGGACUGACUGGAGUGAGUGGGGCCCCUGUUCAACCACAGUUUGUAAUGACGUGGGUGUCCAAGUCCGUCGGAGGAAAUGCGUGAGCGCACAGCCCAUGCCUCUGCUGUUGGUGCCAGCAUGUCAGGGGCACCAUUCAGAGAGAAGAGAGUGCAUCACCCCACCAUGUACAGCUGAAUGGAGUCCAUGGGGUCGCUGGGGGUCAUGUUCAGUGACCUGUGGUGGAGGUCGCAGAAUUAGGAGAAGGACCUGUGCAAGGACUUCUGCGACAGUGCAGUGUGUGGGACGGCCUGUUGAAAUCCAGAAAUGUGGAAAGACUCCAUGCCCAGCCAAAUGCCAGUAUGUGUGCACUGAAGGCCAUCCCAGUGAAGACUGCAGUCACUGCGUGUGUAAAGGCCACAUCCUACAUGGUGAUAUCCACAGUGUGACUGGUGUCCCUGUGGCAGGAGCCUUUGUGUCACUAGCCAGCCAUCCCAAGGUCAUCCGUGCCCGUACAGAUGCUAUGGGUCACUUUAAGCUCCUAGGAAUCUGCUCUUCCAGCCCAACUUUAAUCACCAUCAGGAAGGAGAAGUUUGCCCCUAUCACUGUGUCCACUUCCAGUAACACCACAGGCAUGUCCUGGGUCCGGGCUAUUCUUAGAUCAGCCGAAAAGCCGUACAUUGUGAAGCACCCAGAGGAUAAAGUGCGUUACGAGGGAGGACGGGUGCUGUUGUGCUGCAAGGCAACAGGAUCACCAACACCUGACAAAUACUACUGGUAUCACAAUGGGACUCUGCUGGACAGGAAGGUAUACAAGUAUGAAGAAGACCUUGUACUGCGAGAUCUGAAGCCAGAGCAGUCGGGACAGUAUUACUGUAAAGCCAGCAGCCCUGCAGGAAGCAUCAAGUCCUCCCCCGCCUUCCUUACUGUAACUGACAAAGGAGCACCAGCAUGCAAUUCUACCCCUGAAACACAUCUCAUCAGGCUACCCAUAGACUGUGUUCAACCCGGGACUGACUCCAAGUACUACAAUGCUGGCCGCUGCCCUCACAACAAAUGUGCUGGUUCCCUAGAUUUUGAUAUGGGCUGCAGAGAUGGAGCUGGAUUCUGUUGUGGCGUUAAAAAUAUGGAAAGCAGAAUUAUUGACUGUGGUAGUUACAGCCUCCCCAUCCGUGCUGUGAUACAGUGCGGUUGUCAGAAAUGUGUGCAGCCAACUGUGCUGGUUCGUGGUAGAGUAGUCACAGCUGACAAUAAUGAGCCUCUGCGUUUUGGGCACAUCUACAUUGGUAAAGAGAGAGUGGGUACCACUGGAUACCAAGGAGGCUUCACGUUAAGAAUCACCCCUGACACACAGAGAUUAGUUGUAAAUUUUGUUGACCCUAGUCAAAAGUUUAUUGACACGCCCAAGGUGUUCAUCUUUGACAAGAAAAGUGGAUCUAUUUACCAUGAUGUGAAAGUGAUGAGAAAACAAACACCAAUUGAUAUCAAUGCAGGAGAGACCAAUUUUAUUGACCUUGGAGAAAUUAAGGAUGAAGACCCCAUAGGGCAGUUGGUUAUUCCUCCUAAUUCUUUUCAUAAGGACAAUGGAGAAAUCUACGAAGGAACUGUCAAAGCCAGUGUCACAUUCAUUGACCCAAGAAACAUCACUACUGCAGCAGCUGCCCCUGGCGACCUUAACUUUGUGGAUGAUGAAGGUGACAUGCUUCCUUUAAGGACCUAUGGCAUGUUCUCUGUAGACUUCAGAGAUGAGUCCAACAAGGAGGUACUUGGAGCUGGCGCUGUCCAAGUCCUUCUUGACACACAGCACGUCAAAAUGCAAGAGCACAUACCCCAGAUGAAACUGUGGUCUUUAAAUCCGGACACAGGAGUCUGGGAAGAGGAGAGCGACUUUUCUUACAGCACAACAACUACUGGUGGUCAUGGAAGGAGCAAGCGCGAGGAGCGCACAUUCCUCAUAGGCAACAUGGAAAUCAGAGAACGCAGACUUUUCAAUUUAGACGUGCCUGAAAAUAGACGCUGCUAUGUCAAAGUUCGUGCCUACAUGAGUGACAAGUUCCUACCUACUGAACAGUUGGAGGGUGUCGUGAUUAGCCUGAUAAACUUGGAGCCCAAGCCUGGUUAUUCUUCUAAUCCCAGGGCAUGGGGCCGCUUUGACAGUGUCAUAACAGGACCCAAUGGAGCCUGUUUACCAGCUUUCUGUGAUGCCCAGAGGCCUGAUGCUUACACAGCUUAUGUCACAGCAAUGCUGGGUGGGGAGGAACUGGAGGCAGCUCCUUCCUCCCCAAAGAUGAAUCCAAACAUAAUUGGAGUCUCUCAACCUUAUCUAGAUAAAAUAGACUACCAGCGUUCAGACCAUGACGAUCCAGCAUUAAAGAAAACUGCCUUCAAAAUCAACUUGGCAAAGCCUAACCAAAACAAUUUUGAUGAGACCAAUGGGCCAAUAUAUCCAUAUCAGAAUUUAAUAGCUUGUGAAAAUGCCCCUGUUGAUGCUAAUCAUUUCAGGUUUUUUAGAGUAGAAAAGGACAAGUAUGAAUACAAUGUUGUUCCCUUUGAGGAGAAUGAUUUGACGACCUGGACAGGAGAUUACCUCUCCUGGUGGCCUAACCCCCAAGAGUUUAGAGCAUGCUUCAUCAAGAUCAAAAUUCUUGGACAGAAAGAAGUCAUGGUCAGGUCAAGGAAUCUGGGAGGAACACACAGAGAGACAAAGGGCCAGCUUUAUGGAAUCAGAGACAUUCGCAGCACUCGGGAUAUGCGAGAGUCCAAUACCUCAGCAGCAUGUGUUGAGUUCAAAUGCAGUGGCAUGUUAUUUGACCAAGCUGAGGUGGACCGGUCCCUCAUAUCAAUCCUUCCACAAGGUAACUGCCGCAGGAUCAACACCAACAACCUCCUACAAGAGUAUCUCAUUAAACAUCCACCAGUGGCUCAAAACAAUGAGUCUCAUGCCUUCACCAUGUUAGCACCCGUUGACCCUUUGGGACACAACUAUGGUAUUUACACAGUCACAGACCAGAACCCUAGAGUGGCCAAAGAGAUCGCUAUUGGGCGCUGCUUCGAUGGCACCUCAGAUGGUUUCUCCAGAGAGAUGAAGUCAGACUCUGGUGUUGCACUGACCUUCAGUUGUCCAGAGAGAAAAAUCAACAGGGAAAGUCUUUUCCAGCGUCUGCAGACCAACCCAGGUCAAACUUUGUCUCAGAUGGCGAGGGACAUGAGAGAGUUAGAUGGUCUGCAGGUGAGGAGAUCAUCCACCCAGGUAGUGGCUUAUCCUUCAGAGCAACGGGGUAGGACCCAGAAUCGCAGAGUCACCUCAACCACCAGGAGAAGAGUAUCUACACGCAUUCAGUAAUGCCAACAGAAGUGAUAAAAAGUCUUCAGUUGAGAGUCAUAUGAUGGCAUCAAGUUCAGAAGAUUGUCUGUCUGCUGAUGAGUGUGAAUUCCCCCUUUACUAUGAAAAUCACAAACCUGAGACAGACAGCAAUUUAGAAAACUCAUUAGGUCUGAUGUUUACUUGAAGAAUUUGUUAUAUUAAUUUCUCCCAUCAGUAGUAAAAGACAAGUAUCAUUUGUCUUUAUGUAACUUGGUGACUGGCUUUUAUUGACUGUGCUCUCAUUUUAUGAUUGAAUACACUAAAUUGAGGGUUGAAAUUAGAACUUUUAUAGAGCUAAUCUGUGGCAUUCCACUUCCAUAGUGGGUGUUUUUGCUGACAUGUCUCGAUGCUUGACCCGAAACCAGAAAUUUAAAAACUAUAAAUACCAUGGUAGACCCCAAACACUUGGUAAUUGGCCAUAGCUUUCCACUGAACUCAUGCUUUUCCUCAAGAUCAGAGAGAAACCAACAUGAGGUCCUUGUUGUCUGAAGCAGACACUGAGCCCUUUUUAUACAAACUCAGAAACUCUCCAUGAAGUGGAGGAACAUGCAAAAGAGACAGUGGGGUGAAGCAUGCCACCCAGUGAACAGAGAAUGUUUUCAGCCAUGCUUCUCAGUGUUUUUCAUUAGUGAACCAUAUUGCCAACUGUGAUUCAGACAGACGUUCUUCCACACUUACUUAAAAUGUGGAAGACUGAGGUUGUCGUCAAGACAAGCAAGGACCUUACUUGUAGCCGGCACUUCAAAAUAAAGAUAAUUGUUUUUGGAAGCAUGACGUAAUUUCCUUUCCCCCCUCUGCACAUUCCACAUUAGAACAUCACCAAACAAAGUGUUACUUAUAAUAAUCUAUUCCUCAAUACUUUCAUUCUCAACAAGAAGCUCUUUCAGGGUCUAAAUGAACUUUGUUUUUGUUCUAGGGCAAAGUGUUUAUGAGCUGCCUUUAUAUUUUGAAGUGCAAUAAAUAUCAUUAAACUUGAGAAUUAAUAAAAUUCAGCAUGUUUCAAACUAUAACAGUUCAUGAAAAGUGCUGCUGGUGAAUUAAAUAACAAGUUUUUCAUGUUGCAUGUUGUGUGGCUAAGGUAUUUGUACCUUGCACAAGAAUCUUGUUGUUGAUUUAGUUGUGUGAUUUUCAGCCAAUAACUGAAGUUGUGUUGUGCAACCUUUUGACUCUCUGAGUCACUGUUUUUUUUUUUUUUUUUCAUUCUUUGUAGCAUGAAUCCGCUGAUUUUACAAUAAUCUUUUUGGCUUCAGUUUGCAAUCUUGUUAGUAGACUAUAACGCCAUAUGGAUAUGGAAAUAGACACAUGAAUUGACUAUUUGGCUACUUUAACUGAACUCAGUAAUAGGAAUGGAGUUUACACAGUGAUAAAAUCUAUUGUUUAUCUGCAGUAUGGGCUUUUGCAGACCUAUGGGAGAAACCCUUCGAGCUGAACUAAUCCCAAAAUGAAUAAGGUGCACUAUGGACCUUGGAGAAACCAGAAGAGGCUGACAAGUAAAUAUAAGCCUGCUGCUAAUUAGAAAAUAAAUUACAUAUUCUCUUGAGGACUGUAAAAACAGUUUGACUUUCACAAACAACCAAACUGAACUCAAGCAAUCAGCAAUAAAUUGGGCACAAGAGUAUUAUGGACACAUAUUUCCUUUGAAAUUGCUACCGAGCUCUCUGCACAUUUAACAUUUGAAGAUGUCUUUUUUUUAAAAAUCUCAGUUCAUUUGUGCUGUUAUAUUUUUAGUUCUGAUGUGCAACAAAUUUAUCAUUUAAUAUGCUGUAAAUGGUAUCAUUUCAAACUUGUAAAUCUUUCUAUGUGGAGCACAUAGCAGCACUCCAAACAGAGAUCUAUAGAGUGGCAGCCUGUGCAAACUUCAGCAAUAUCAUUGACCUCUCUAAUCACAGGCCUGUGGGCUGUGUGUGAACGAACAGUUCAGAUGUCGAGUUGGAAACAAACAUGUCCCAGCAGCAGAUACAGCAUCCACCCCAUAAGAAAGAUGAUGAUUGAAUCCAGGUGUAGGAAGAGAUAAGUCCUAUAAAAUGCAAUAGUUUGUGAGGUCAGCUGAAGAGGCCAAACAGAUGUAGAGCAACUAAAGGAAAUGUUAGACCAAAGACAUCAGAAGGAAGAGAAGCAAGAUUAUCUAGUGAUGGGUUUAAUCAUUUCUGGGUACGGUUUGAAAAAGAAAAAAGGGAAGGGAAAAUAUUAGUGGUCUUUGGCCUCAUAGCCCAUCACUUACAGAAUCUUGAGCUUUGAAAGUGGUUGCACAUGGAAGAAUGCAGAUUUUCUUCAGGGAAUGCUUUGACAGGAGAAUUGGCUUAUUCAUGAGAAGAAGUUAUCAGGAGAGUUUGAAGGACAAGGUAACAAUAAUAGCCUGAGUAAACCAUUAUGUAAGGCUUUGCAUGGAAAAAUAAGCUGUGCUCUCCAAACAGCCACUUUGUCUUUAGGGAACUUCAAAGGAGAUUAAAGAACCUCUGCAAUGUUUGGUUUAAUCGCUCAAGAAAAAAAGUUUCCAGAUACUUUAAAAUCAAAUAAAGACAGUUUGAGCCUGAAACCAACAGAUAAAAGAAGAUGAAAAUAUUCCUUUUUUAAUUAAAAGAAACUUGACUCGUUGGCAGUAGUAGUGGCAAGACUUUUACUUUAUUUAGUGUCAGAAUCAUGAAUAUGAUUUAUGCAUUUGUGUUUCAAACUCCUAAAUAAAUUGUUUGACAUUUGGAGUUAGCUGGGUACUGGCUGUAUUUUUUUAAUGAACCCACCAAUGUAAGGGUAUCAUCACUAUUCUCAUCUCCAAACUCUGGCAAGGAGGAGAAUGAGCGUUUUUCCCAAAACAGGGAACUAAUGUCUAAAGCAUACUAUUGGUAUAGUCACAGCUUUGCAGAAUUCUUGAAUGGUUGAAAAUUGGAGAUUUUCAAGUGUAUUUCAAUCCAUCUGGCAAAAUUUGAGUUUUUUUGUGGCAACUGAUAUUAGAAAAAAAAGAAUCUAAGGAGUGGAUUUCUAUUCAAAAUACUUGACCUGAGUUUGCCUCUGUCACUGAAAUGUUUCUGGCACACUCUGACUUUAAAGCGGAAAAGCACAAGUCUCUGAAUCCACCAGAAACCAUCUACAAUUUAUCAGAAACUUAAGCGUGAACAGACAUGUCCAUUUUCUCUUCUGUAUAGUCCAGCAGGGUCUCAGGGAGAUCAUAAUUUAUUCACAAGACGGUCAACCUUACAUCUUUCCACCACUUUCUGGAGGACAUGGAGAGAGUUGCAUACUUGCCACUGCACCCCAGGAAGCAAUCCUGAGUAGUAAAAGAAUUACAUAAAUCAGCUCUUGAUAAUAGUAUGUAAUGCUAACUAUUGCAUGGAGAUGCUGAAUGCUUUGUUUCUCUCUGAAUUAUGUCUUUAUGUGUAAAUUGUGUAUUGUGUUAAAUUUGGUAUAAAUGUACGAACGAACAAGUGUAAAUAAAUGAUUUUGUGUAAA